AUGUUUCUCAUUACUCUGGCGCCAGAGGUCAUUUUAAUUGAAGAUGAUAAUGCUGCUGAGACUACCUUCUUUCACUCUCAAGCUUCUCUCAUCACUUCUUCUCUCUUCUCUGCAGAGAAGGUCGUGUGCACACUGAGUUAUAAGUGUUUGACUCUGGGUGGCUUCUGUUAUUCAUCUGAUUCUGUGUCUUCUUCUUCUUCUGUUUCUUCUGCCUUCAUUCUCUCUGCUCUGGCUUCUGGUUCUGCAGAUCUCAUGCUCUUCUUCAAUUUCUCUAUGCAUAUGCGUGCGCAUUUCUAUAUUGAUAUUUCAGUCAAUCUUGUGAUCAAUGAUAUUAAUGUUGUAUGCAGAGUGAUAGAGGAAUCAGAGACAUGCAUGAUGUUAUUGUAA